AUGGCAACAUAUGAGCUGCAGCGGCAGAAGGGCAACGUCGAGAGCACCAUCAAGACCGUCGUCAACAAUGACCUGAAGGAGAUAUGUAAGGCAUAUAACUACCAGGUCUCCGGCACCAAAGCUGUCCUGCAGAAGAGGUGCAUUGAGAGUAAGUAGCAAGUGGACUGGGCCGUGCGUCAGCGAGGCAUGCGGUCAAGUGGAUUUCUCCAGGCUGACACGGUGCUUUCUGCAGUUCUCGACACCAUCGUAAAAAGCGGCGACAUGGAAGCUUUCAGAGCUUUCCAGCAUCGCCUCAACCACCACGGACAAGCACCUCCUCGCGCUUCCUCCAGCAACUACCAAAAUCAGAACGGCGACUACUCAGACUCCAUGGCUCCAGGCCAAGGACGAUCGACGGCGUCCAGCAGCCGAUGGCCCAGCAGAUGUGAGCUCUCUCGCAGCAUUAGUGGCGUGAUUCUGUAUUGACUUUUGGGCAGUGAACUUCAAAGCCAGUCCGUUCUACGAAGUGCUCGAGACGGUGCUGCCGCUCCAAGAACUAGCCGGUAACUACUCCUUGUCUUUUGAUUUAUUUGAGGCACACUUACGAUGCUGAUACAGUGAGGCCAGAGAUGCCACAAAACCGAAAUACGAUCCGGACGAACAUCAGCCUCAGCCCCGAACAAGUCGCUUGCCUUUCCUCAGAUCCUAGCAUGAAACUUCUGAUGUACUGUGGAGCCAAUGCGGGCAAUGCGGCAUAUACGCCAAUCGAUGUCGCUUUCCCCUCCCAGAUCGAAGUCAAGAUCAACGGCGACGAUGUGAAGUGGAACUUCAAGGGACUGAAGAAUAAACCUGGAUCGACGAAGCCGGCAGACAUCACGGAUAAGGUCCGUAGAAAGCCUGGCUACCCCAACCAAGUGUCCGUCACCUACGCGCUCACGCAAAAACGGUUUGCGUUUACAAUAAAUCUGGUAAAGCACAUGACCGCGGACACCUUAGCACAGCGCAUCAAAGAAGGUAGGCAUGGCGGAGGCAUCAUCUCCAAGCAGCGAGUGUUGGACGAGAUGAAGUCCAAAGCAGACGACGAAAUUGGCGUGACUUCGGUGAGGAUGUCGCUAAAGGACCCCAUCUCGACGCUGCGCAUCACGUUGCCCGUACGGUCGACUAUCUGCACGCACCAGCAAUGCUUCGAUGGAGCCAUGUUCUUGCAACUGCAGGAUCAGGCGCCGCAGUGGAGCUGCCCGCUGUGCAGCAAGAGCGUCAACUAUGAGCAGCUCUGCAUCGACAAAUACUUCGAAGAGAUCCUCCAGAAGACGCCUCUGUCGAUUGAGAAAGUGGACCUCGAGCCAGACGGCCAGUGGCAUUUCAUCAAGGAGACUGAUGAGUCGCAGCCGAACGGCGGGACCAGCAAAGCUGGGCGUGCUCAUUACGACGAUGACUUCGACGACGGCGACGACCUGGUCGACGUUACGGAUUCUCAGGCCAAGAGCCAGCCGAAGAACAGCCUCUCAGGGCUUGCUCGUCCGACUCCCUCAAUACUUUCACCGAUGCCGUCUACGGGCGUGGCGAUGAACACACCGCCACUUUCGUCGCGUGGUCCCUCAGCGGCGCCUUCAGCAUCUUCUGCACAGCAGAGCAACAAGCGGCCGGCGAGCUCGGUGAUUGACUUGACACUAUCGGAUGAUGACGAGCCACCGCGGCCGGCGAAGAGGAAUACCACGAGUACGCAUCCGAACACCACCUAUAGCACACCAAACUCCCUACCCGAUCCCCGCUAUCCAUCAUAUCCUUCCGGUCAAGGACGUGUUGCUGACAGCUUUAGGGCGGGCAACUCAUCAAGACCACCCAGCCUCGGACCCAGCAACGGAGCGGGCAACUACUACCCGAGCAACGGACUCGGGGGGAGUAGCCUUGCCCGCGGGACCGCGUCGCCUGUCCAGCCAAGGGAGCAGCCAGGCUCGCCGUGGGGCAUCGGAGGAGGAAGAUCCAGUACGGACGGGCAACCAAGUUGGCGCACGGCAGCGGGAGCGAGUACUGGGCCUUCGUCGACCUUCGGAUCGUUCCCAAUGAGACCGUCGACGACAAGCGCAACACAUCCGGGCUCUUCAGCAUCGCCAGCGCAGCAGAACACACGGCCGCUGCCACCGAUGCGUGACCAUCCACCGGCGGGCCCGUACGGUCAUGGAUGGAGAAGCAACAGCUACAGCGGGUACUCUCACAGCCCGCCCGGAUGA